AUGAAGUUUCUACUCAUUGUAUUGGCUCUUUUUGUAUUAGCAAAAGAAGGAAGAAGUCUCGAUGCAUUCGACAUUCUGGAUAAGUAUUGUGCUACAAAAGACCAAGACGCUUUAAAAAAGUGUAUGGCAGAAAAUGGAAAGUCAAAGCUGUUUACUUAUUUCGAAAGCUGCGCCAGACCUCUUCGAAGACACAUGAGAAAUAGUAAAGAAACAUCAAAAUUUAUCUGCAAAGAAGUAAACGAAAAGGAGGAUUUCUUAAUUCGAUGCUGUCUGGCAUACAAAUUAAAAAAGGACAGAGAUUCUUCUCUUCCUAGAAUCUUUCAGUCGUGUGUGAAUAGAGGAGUUCAAUCUGAAGUCUCGUCUCAACCUAUAAUGCAGCAACAGGGUUAUGUACCAUAUGGGCAACAACUUGGUUAUUUGUCGCCAGCUCAACAAGGAUCUGUAUAUCAACCGAAUGCACCAAAAGAAGGAAGAAGUCUCGAUGCAUUCGACAUUCUGGAUAAGUAUUGUGCUACAAAAGACCAAGACGCUUUAAAAAAGUGUAUGGCAGAAAAUGGAAAGUCAAAGCUGUUUACUUAUUUCGAAAGCUGCGCCAGACCUCUUCGAAGACACAUGAGAAAUAGUAAAGAAACAUCAAAAUUUAUCUGCAAAGAAGUAAACGAAAAGGAGGAUUUCUUAAUUCGAUGCUGUCUGGCAUACAAAUUAAAAAAGGACAGAGAUUCUUCUCUUCCUAGAAUCUUUCAGUCGUGUGUGAAUAGAGGAGUUCAAUCUGAAGUCUCGUCUCAACCUAUAAUGCAGCAACAGGGUUAUGUACCAUAUGGGCAACAACUUGGUUAUUUGUCGCCAGCUCAACAAGGAUCUGUAUAUCAACCGAAUGCACAGGUUGGAGGCACCGAUGAUGAUAUUCCAUAUUUAGGACUGUAUUAAGAAAACUGAUAAAAAGAACUUAAUUUAUUUAAAUUAUUUUUAUUUUUUCGAUAUUGUAAAUUAUCUUCUUUACAAUGAGCCUUAAUAAAGUUUGAAAUUUUAAGUUUCAU